AUGUGUAAUCAAUAUUCAUUCUUUGAACAUUCCAACUGGGAUUGGGAUGAUAUUCAUCCUGAUCUUACAAUCAAAUUAUUUUAUGAUUUAAGUUUUACAAUUGAAUGUUCAAUAUGUACUGAAGUUCUUUGUAAACCAGUAACUAUAAGAUGUGGCCAUUCCUUUUGUUAUAAUUGUAUUUCCAAAUGGUUUAGAACUGAGUUAAUUUGUCCAUAUUGUCGAACUAUAGUUACAAAUGCACCAAUCUUAAAUUAUACCUUGAAUGAAAUUGUUGAUAAUUUUUUUGAAUUUUUAUCUGAUCAUACUGUUGAUGAUGAAGAAAGACGUCGAUUGAUAUUGAGUAGAAGAGAGCGAUUUAUUGCGUUUGAUAAUGCAUUAGAAUUGAAUGGGUUAUUUGGAAACCUAUUUAUUCAUUUGAAAGAUUAG